AUUGCGCUCUAGUUCCAAACUUCGCGAGACUAGUCGUGCUUUGACGUCAUCAUAAAAUGGCUACUCAAUCAAAGGGAUUAUAAGAACAACACCUGGUAUUCUCAACCAAACAAUAACGUUAUUAUAAAGGGCAGUUUGGCUCUGGCACGAAGCAGUGAUGUUACAGCAGGCCCACAGCGAGCACCUGUUGGAGCAGCUGCGUUGGCAGCGGGAAAGCAACGUUCUGUGUGACAUCACGGUCGUUGUGGGCGACACACUGUWCCAAGCGCACCGUAAUGUCCUGGCGGCGUUCAGCGGGUUCUUCUCGGCACUGCCUGACAGAGGUCACCGGGUCAUGACCCUUAACCCUGAGUUUGUCAGUGAGCAGGCCCUGGACACCCUGCUGAAAUACAUCUAUACUGGAGAACUACACACUGACAGUGAGGGGUCUGAGGCCGUGCUGAGAGCAGCAGUGUUCCUGGGGAUGAGGGAGGCGGAGCGUCUCCUGAUAGACAAGACAGACAGCCAACAGGAGACGAGGAUAGAGUCAGCCCCACACACCCCYUCCGCUCCCUCACCCUCCUUCCCUCUCUUACCCCCCAGCCCAGAGGUAAUYGAACCUCUGUCCUGCCUUUCUGGAGUGGGCUCUGUAGAGAAGGAUGAGGAGAGGAAAGGAAUGAGGGGGGAGGAGGAAGAGAGGGAAGAUCCAGAGUACACCCCUCCCUCCCCAAGCCCCUCAACAUCCCCCCGGAGAGGAGCCAGGAAGAGGAAGGGAAGAAGGCCCAAGGCCACACCUAGAAACCAGACCUCACCUGGAAACCAAACCUUGCCAAGUAACCAAACAUCAGCUAGCCAUGACGACAUACCAGAUGACACAAAAGUCACCCAGCCCCAGAGGGGGAGGGGGAGGGGCAGGGGGAGAGGCAGGGGGAGAGGAAGGGGAAGGGAUCUGUCGUUAGAAGCGUCAGACCCUCAGAUCGUUGAGGAGAACCAGACAGACCUCAGCCCAUCGUCACUGAAACUUGUCAAGAGGAAGAGGAUGAGUAGUGGAGAGAGGAGAGGAGGAAAGAGAGGGAGGGGCAGAGGAAGAGGGAAACUGAAGGAGAACAGAUUGAGCGAUGGAGAGGGGGAUGAGGGAGAUGAUAAGGGGAAGGCUGGGUUGAAGAACCAACAGGUGAAAGAGAAGCCGGUGUGUGCGGAGUGUAAAAAAGAGUUCUCUGAGAUCAGUAGUCUGAGGAGACACAUGAGGAUCCAUAAAGGAGUGAAACCUUUCCAGUGUCUCUUCUGUUCCCGAGCCUUCACACAGGGAAACCAGCUCAAGACUCACCUUCGCAUACACACAGGAGAGAAGCCUUUUGCAUGUUCUCAGUGUGACAAGGGUUUUGCCCAGAAGUGUCAGUUGGUGGCUCACUGUCGAAUGUACCAUGGAGAAGAGAAACCUUACACCUGUGAACAAUGUGGGCUGAAGUUCRCUACCUCAUCUAACUACAAGAUACACAGCAGGAAGCACAGUGGAGAGAAGCCAUAUGUGUGUGAACGGUGUGGGAAGGGUUUUGCCCAGGCCAGCACUCUGACCUAUCACAUGAGGAGCCACACAGGAGAGAAACCUUACCAAUGUGACACCUGUGGGAUGGCCUUCUCCGUCUCUUCUUCUCUCUUCACACACAAACGCAAACACACAGGUGAAGCCCCACACGAAUGUCUGGUGUGUCAGAGGGCCUUCAUUACCAAACGAGAACUCAACAAACACUCUCGCAUCCACACCGGUGAGUCUACGUAACGCGCACACGUGAGAACCGACAACGUUGACCUCAUGAAUCUAUCCAAGGGAAAAGAUCAAAUCAAAGUUUUUKGGUCAUGUGCACUGGAUACAGGGUGUAAAUGGUACAGUGAAAUGCUUAGUUACCAGCGCUCCUCAACCGUGCAAUACACAUUUAUAAAACAAAUACACAAGUUAUAAAAAGUAGUAAAAGAAGAAAAUAGUCAUGUUUGCAAUAUAUCACAGUAAGAGUAUACAGUUUAGACUAUGGAAUGUGCUAAAGUGAGGAGUGACAUGGUUGAGCAGCUUAGGUAAAUAAGUAGUAACAGCAACGGAGUGAGUGAGUGACAAGCGCGAAGUGUCCAGCUGUCAAAUCCAUCACUGUCUGUUAGUUAUUAGUAUAUCUACUGUGU